UUUUUUAUCAGGUUCUAUUCACCUGGAACGGCACUUUAAUUGCUAGUUUCCGAGUGAACCGAAUAAACGCUAUAAGCGCUGUGUUCUUGUGUUCUGGAAAAAUUGAAGUGCAUUGCAACAACUUAACUAAUCGCUGUGUUGAAUAAGUGCUUUCCCUGCUGGAUAUGGAAAAUUAGUGUUUCGCAUCCCCAUCACUAUCGAUUGGCUGGUUGGCAAAGUAAAGAGCAAAAUUGAUGGUGUGCAAGGCUUGAAACGUCAUAAUUUAGAAAAGUUGAAACAAUUUGAAUAGUGUCUUCAGAGCUUAUCGCCAGGUGAUUCAUAUUCCAGUCGGUUCAUAUAAAGCGUUCAAGGUCACGGCAAGAUGUCUAGCCAAAUUCCUCCGUUAUUUUGCCACACUCCACCUCCGAUGGAUUUCGGAGAUGAAGACGACGUGGACGAUCUACCUGAUCCGGAAGAAGACGAUUUCGACGAUUUUGCCACGAUUCCCGGAGCAAACACGCCUAAUCUUCCUACGCCUGUGUUGUCACCAUUUCCUGAGUCAGACAAGGAGAAUUCUCCUGUAAAAAAGCCACCGGUACAGAAAAAUAGUGAGACGGCGUCCGUUAGUUCACUGUCCGCGACCCAAGACAUAGCACCGGAGAAAGAAGACGAACCAGUACGAAUUGAAAGUCCACCGUCAUUAAUUCUUUCUCAGCAUGUUUACUCGGAGAACGAUUUACCGAGUGAGGACGAAUUUCAGGACUUUGCGUAUCACAUAAACGAGGAAGAUCGAAAAAAGACGUUUGUCCCACAGGAAUCAGAAGAUAAUUUAAGCAUUCCAUCCCUUCACCUCGACACAGAAGUGUCCAAAUCGACAACUCCCGUGUAUCUGUCGGAAAACGAGAUCAGUGAACAAAACCUAUCCCCUCAGGAACCAGGAGUGGCUGAUACUGAGCAGGAACCAAUAGUGGAAGCCGCUGUUGCACCGGUCAUUGCGGAAGAUCAGUGUUAUAGGUUUGACGACAAUACCGAGAAUGACUUCACUGAUUUCACUACAGCAUCGAACGAGCGUUCCGCUGUUUUGGAAAUACCAACGGCAAACGACGUAUCCUUCGAUGAUGACUUUGCCCAGCUGGAAUCGACGCCUUCGGCAGAUAGCAAUUUCGUAUCGCAGAGCAAAACCGAUUUUGCUACGUUUGAUGCCGAUUUUAGCAAGUUUGACUCCUUCCCGGUUUCGUUCCCCGCAACUUGCGGUGAUGAGGCGGCUGACAGUGUCGUCAAGGACGCACCCACACGGUUCGGUCCUGGCGAAUUGGAAGAAAAAACAACUCUCGAUACUGCAAACGAGGAUAACUUAUCGCAGGAUGAUUUUGACGAUUUCCAAGGAUUCACAAGUUUUGCGUCAACAAGUACAGCUGCGAAAUCGGUGGAAGCAGCCCUCAAAGAAGAAGAUAAAGAGGAGAGCGAUGAUUUCGGUGACUUCAGUGACUUCAAACAAUCGGAAGUUUCGUCGACACCGGCGACAGUCACGGCAGUCGAAGCUCGAUCGGCGCUCUUUUCGCCGGAGAGUAUUCAGAACAUUAUUAGCGGGAUGUUUCCAAUGCUAGAAACGCCAAGCGAUACCGGUCAGAAAUCGAUGGGAAGCGAACUGCUUCAGAAUAAACUUUACCACGAUUUAGAGGAUGUAGAUUCGACAAAGGCCCUAAGCUAUCAGUAUAGCUCUUCCGAGAGCAGUAAAUCGUUGGUGCAAGCGCUCGGCAUCGAUUCUAGGAAUAUUCUUUUCGGUCCAAAGUGGAAUAGCUCUAUGCCUCGGUUUGCUGCUAAUCUUAGCUUUAGUCCAUUGGAGCCUAUGAAACCUGCAUCGAUCAGCUAUGGGCCUACUGUAACUGUGGGUGCCAGCAGCUCCACUACUGUUAGCGCUAGUGGAGCAAACCGACAGGAGAUAGGAACAAAAUAUCACACCCUUGGGUUAGAUUCUUUUACGCAGCCUCCCACCGGCCCUGGUAUUGGAAGCGUUCCGGCUGUGCAGUUCGAUUGGAACAGUUCCGGCUUAGUGAACCCGCUCGAUGGCGUACAAGAGAUCCUCCAGGAAGGUGGUACAUUCCAGCCCAACAAGAAUGGGUCAGCGGGCGAAAUUUUGGAUAAGAAAAUCUCAGAAAACGCAAGCUCGCCUGCUUCAGAUGAAGUAGUAACAACGUUAAAACACGAAUCCGGACUAUCGACCCCAGAAAAAAGCGCUUGCAAUGCUCUUCCCUCCGAUCAUGACGAUGGGUUCACUGAGUAUGCCAGUAGUAGCAAUCAACUCAAGUCAAUUCCUACGACAACGAUGACGAUGACGACGGCGACGGUAACAAUGACCACCUCUUCCACCACAGCCCCGCAACAAUCGGUUACAUCAUCUCCACUCAUGGCAGCUUCUGGAAGUGUAGUACGGGUUAUGAAAUUACCUGAAACGCACAUAUUUACGCCCAGCAAAUGCGUUAGUCCGGUGUCGCGAGAUUCCACCGACAGAACGGAUCCGUACGGCGAAACCAGUGUGCCGGUCGAGACUGCUUCGAGUAAAGAUAUAGCGGUUCGAGAGUAUCACGACGUUGAAUACAGUUUAGAGAAAACUUCGUCCAAAGGACAAAAUCAGACAGAUCGUGCUUUAUCGAAUGCAGAGGAUGACUUCGAUGAUUUUCACGAGUUUCAAGCAGUAUGCAAUACAACGCAUGCAACUACAACAAAUACAGAAGGUGAUCAACGCGUUCCGGAAUCUAGAAGAACUCAUUUGGACGUUGGAAGCGAGUUCAAUUUCGGAGAUCGAAAAGAAAAACUAAACGUCUAUUCGAAACCGGUAUUCGGCACAUCGCCCACUGAAGAACUGGAUCAGCUUGACGAUGACUUCAGUGAUUUUCAAGCUGCCCCGGCAUGCAUCGAAGAUGUCAAAACAAUUGUCAAUAAGCCAAUUGCAGGUAUUGCUAGCGAACAAAACCGAUCAAACACAAGCUCUCCCAUACUGUUGAGUGCUUCGAUUUUGCUACCACAGCAAUCAAAUCGUCCAGAACCGGUUGAGGUGAACAAAGUUACACAAAUAAAUUGGCCGGAGCCCGGAAUAGAUCCCGAGGAGCUGGCCAGAUUUGAAGCGGCUUUUCCGAAGCCGAAGAUAGCAAACACGGUCAUCAGCAAUUCUUUUCAACACAUCCAAGCUACCGCCAAAAACACUACAGACGAUGACGAGUGGUCCGAUUUCGUUUAUUCGAAACCAGCAGUGCCGGGGAAAGCUUCUCCGAAAACCACUAAAACGACGACAACAGCAACAACCGCUAGUAACCAACAACAGGAGGAAUGGACCGAUUUCAUUUACAGUACUCCUGUUACGCAAACCUUGUCUUCUAGUCAAAAUAACUUUAACUAUAACAAUUCAUUUGCUGGGCCGAAGUUCAGCUCCUGGAACCAGCCUCAAUUGCCUCCGCCACAAUUCAGCUCGUGGAACAGUACCAACUUCUACUACAAUGCUAGCAGCAACCAUAACGACGGCCACAGCAGUAGUGGUAGUAGUGGCUUCACCAAACCGUCCUCUCAAAACCCAGCUCAGAAAGUGCCAACCUUCUCCCCCACUCAUCACGCUCAGCCUCCGCGGAUCGCAGCCGUUAACAACUACUACCAAUCUACCCUGUUGCCAACAACAGGGAACCAACCACAACGUGCGGGAAAGCAGGCUGCCAUACCCGUUAUAUCACACCUACCUGAACUGUCCUUCAUCACCCCGAAUGCUUCGUCCGGCAGCACCAAAUCCGGUAUGAAACCCCUAACUCCUUCCUUCCUCAGCAACGUUAUAUCCAGCAACAAUUUUACCAAGAAAUGAUUGUUAUUGUACGGUGGCGGCGGUACUGACAACACUAGCAGCGAAACUGCCGCUGCUCGAAAUCAGAAGCAGAUUCCGAUCACCUCAGCUACCCGGCUGGCCGGUGUCACCGUAGGCGAUGUCAUCAUGUAACUAAGGUUGUACCUUUCUCCCACGUGCAUCACAGCCCUCAUGGGCCCGGAGAAUAACAAUUGUAGUAAUAUAUACAUAUAUUCUAGGAAACAAAAUAUUCCUGUGUACUUAGCUAAAUUGUAACUGUAAAACAUUCAUUUGUUGGGCUAAAUUUUAUUUAGCGAUUUUUUUAGCAUCGUAUCUCAUUUCUUCUAGCUUACAGGGCUACUUAAUUUGUUAAAUGUAUUCCAUUUUUAUCCGUUGAGAUAUUGUUUCAGCCAAAAAAAAACAGCAACAAAAGACACCGCCGCUUCUCAAUGAUAGGCUAGUUGUGUUAUCUUGUACUUAACAGACAUAAAGUUUAGAGUAAGAGAAAAAAUCAGAAGCUCGUGAAUAUUUCUAUUUCGUUAUAUAUUUUUUUCUCGCGGACCAUGGACUUAACGUCGGCCGUUCGGUUGCACUUUAGGAAGCUUGCAGUCUAUAUAAUACAAUGUGAGUAUUCAAGUGUAGUAUGGAGUAGCUAAAUGUAUCAAAUAGGACUUACUAGCGGUUAUAUUUAUGUCUGUCGCGCAGUUAGUUUGAUGCAAGCAAGAACAAUUUUUAACUAAUAAA